AUGGCUAACUGUUAUUUGUGUGUUUGGUUUGUUUGUUGUGUUCUUUUGACAUCUGGAGGCAGCGGAGAGGUAAACAGUGAAGACUUCCACUACUUCUGUGACUCGAACAACGACAGAGGAAACUACUCAACGAACGAGCGGUACAGAACGAACCUGAACCACGUUUUGAACAUCGUAGCCCUCCAAACUUCAAACAAGAACGGCUUCCACAGCACAUGGAGCGGCGAGGACGCAAGCAAAGUGAACGCCAUUGCGCAGUGCAGAGGUGACGUGACGGCAACAGAAUGCCGGCAAUGCCUCAUCCAAUCCGUUUUCAACCUCACCAGCCUUUGUCCAAACCGAAAGGAGGCAAUUGGGUGGUACGAGAACGAGAAGUGCAUGCUGCGUUACUCCGACCGCUCCAUUGAGGGCCUCAACGAGAUUGGGCCUGCCUAUUUCGUCUGGAACCUGCACGAUGCGCCCAACCCACAACACUUCAAUCAAGUCGUCAAGAACCUUCUCGAUGGCCUCAGAACCACGGCUGCGUCAGCUCUCUCUGCUCGUAAAUACGCGGCCUCCACUGCCACUGGCCCAGAUGCUCAACUCGUCUAUGGGCUUGCGCAGUGCACUCCCGAUUUGUCUGGGCCGCAGUGCAAUAACUGCUUGCUUCAGUCCAUCGCUGAAAUCCCACGGUGUUGUAAUAAUAGGAUUGGUGCCAGGAUUCUUAGGCCCAGCUGCUAUGUCAGGUACGAAACCGAUUUUCCUUUCUAUGGGCCUCCGGCACAGACACCAUGA